AUGCCCAUCGGAUUGAAUCUUGCGAACAAGAAAGCGGCGCCGAAACCAGGAAACGCGCUGGGACAGAAGCGCAAGAAGAAUAUAUUCGACGAUGACUCCGGGGAUGAGGACCAGCAUAAUGAUAAUGGCACCACUGAAGUUUCCACAAUUGGAGGAUUAGAGCAAUCAGCCCCAAAACCAAAGCCACCUUCAAGCACAGGACCGCCACUGAAACGGAAAAUGCAGCUAGGAAGUGGACCCAAGCCCUCUAUCAAACCACUCAGCAAGAACUCGCUCUUUGCCGACGAUGAAGAUGAAGACGAAGAGAAAGAGAAGCAAAAAGGCCAGAUGAACCUUGGCCUCAACCAGGCGAAACCGAAGCAAGUGUCAGGUGCUGGCAAUGAAUACACUAAUCUCUCGGCUUUGCAUAGCAGUAAAAAGCAUGCCAAAGAAGCCGAAGAACUCGACCCAUCUAUAUACUCCUACGAUGCCGUUUAUGAGAGUCUUCAUUCCAAACCUUCCAAGGCUGCAACAGAAACGAAGAGCGAUGUACCGAAAUAUAUGAAAAACCUACUGGAAAGCGCAGAAAUACGGAAGCGGGUCCAGUUACGAGCUCGUGAUCGUCAACUUGCCAAGGAGCGUGAGGCCGAAGGCGACGAAUUCGCAGACAAGGAGAAGUUUGUCACAUCUGCUUACAAGGCUCAACAAGAAGAGAUGCGCAAGGUCGAAGAAGAAGAAGCGCGUCGCGAGAAGGAAGAGGAGGAACGCCGGAAGAAGAGUGGUAAUUCCGGUAUGAUCGGCUUCUACCGAGAUGUGCUAUCCCGAGGAGAGGAACGGCACGAGGAAGUCGUCAAGGCCUCAGAAGAAGCCGCCCGCCGUGUCAAAGCAGGUGCGGUGGAAGAGGAGACAGCGAAACAGCCGGACGAAAAGACGGAUACCCAAAGGGCAGAAGAUCUCAAUUCUCGGGGUGCCCAUAUUGUGGUCAACGACGAGGGUCAAGUAGUCGAUAAGCGCCAACUUCUUUCUGCUGGACUAAAUGUGGCACCGAAACCCAAGGUUCAUUCAUCUGCCCCCAAAGCCGCCCCACGCCCCUCUGCACGACCAGGUGCUGCAGGCCCCCAGUCUGGCCGUGCUGCUCAGCGUGCGCGACAGACCGACAUGGUCGCAAGCCAACUGGAGGAGCGUGCGCGGCAAGAAGAAGAGGCCGAGGCUGCAAAGCAAAGGGAAGUGGCCGAGAAGAGUCGCAGUCGCAAGACCGAGGGAGAAGUCUCCAGUGCAAAGGAGCGGUUCUUGGCAAGAAAGAGGGAGCGGGAAGAGGCUGCCGCCAAAGAGAAAGCAAAGGGAGCCUAA